AUGGCCAACGAGUUGUUUCCGGCGGGGUUAUCUGGCAGCCCUGCCUGGAGGUACCCGGACUAACCCUUGGACCUUGUGCCUGCGAAGCAGAUCACUGCUUGUCACUGAGCAAGCAGGGAGCAAGCAGGGAGCCCUGAAACCCAGCUGAAGGAGGCGAGGGCAGAGACCCUGGAAAAACCCACCCUUGGUUUGCUGCGGAAGCUUCUGCAAUUCCUGGCUUGAGUGGAAGUCGGAGGAGACCCAGCGGAAAGCCGAGGCAGGAUUUCGCCUUUCUCUGAAGAAGCUGCCUGGGGGAGGGGGAGGGGCGCGUUCAACGUCACCGGGGAAACCCUGCCAGGAACAAAAACGCAAAGCCGCACCUCCGCACCCAGUCCAGGUUUCUUUUAUAGCGCACUGGAAAGAAAUAGACCCCGUUUAGUGCAAUUGUCUGGUCAGAUCAAGAGGAGACACGGAUUUAAAUUCUCGCGAAAUGCGCAGAUAGGAUCCUCGGUCUUUAUUCCUAUUUCAAGGAUUCCGCCCCAUUCGCGGCCCAGUGAAACUUUUCCAGGGAAGAAGAAGAAGAAGAAGAAGAAGAAGAAGAAGAAGAAGAAGAAGAAGAAGAAGAAGAAGAAGAAGAAACCCUGA